GAUGGUGAUGAACACGAUGAUCGCGAUCGACGUGGACCUCGGAAAAACGACUCAGGUUUCGGAUCUCGAAACACUGGGUUUGGAGAAGGAGACAAUUAUUCCGGGAUCAAUGUGUCGAGCAUUCGAUUCUUGGUAUUGGACGAGGCUGACAUGCUACUGGAAGACGGUCGCGAGAGUCAUCUUAGCGCAAUUUUAUCAGACCCCAAUUUUCCCAAGCCGGAAUCUCGGCAGACGCUAUUGUUCAGUGCAACUUUUCCUGCUGAUGUUGAGCGAUUCGCUGGCAAGGUCUUAAGGAAUAAGUACGUAAUAGUUCGAAGUAGUCAACGAGGAAAAGCCAAUGUCCGUGUGAAGCAGCUUUUUGUACAAGCAGACGGUACAAGCGGAAAGAACGACAAGCUAUUCGAGAUUUUGGAAGCACAGAGGGACAAAACCACAGACGACGGUUCCCCGAUGAGGACGUUGGUUUUCGUUGGAACCAAGAAGCAGGCUGAUUUCUUGGCGCUCAUGCUCAGUGAGAAAGACAUUGCCGCCGCGAGUAUAAACGGUCAGUCAUUCUUUCUAGACGGUUCCCCGAUGAGGACGUUGGUUUUCGUUGGAACCAAGAAGCAGGCUGAUUUCUUGGCGCUCAUGCUCAGUGAGAAAGACAUUGCCGCCGCGAGUAUAAACGGGGAUCGUCCUCAGGAUGAACGUGAACGUGUAGUUGGAGAGUUACGGGAUGGGACUUUGCAUGUACUUGUAGGUACUGAUGUUUGCCAACGAGGAUUGGAUAUCAAUGGACUUGACCAUGUAAUCAACUACGACAUGCCCAACGGCUCACCGGAGGAGGUGCGAGACAAAUAUAUCCAUCGAAUCGGCAGAACUGGUCGUCUUCAUGGAGGUGUGGCAACCACUUUUGUUGACUCCCGUACAAAUACCGAUUCGGAUGUACUUAGACUCAUUGUUCAGGUAGCGAAAGAAACUGACCAGAUUAUUCCUGACUGGUUGAAUCAAAUGUGCACUGAGGACAGCUUCACCCGUGCUGGAUUUGGUGCCAGCACAAGUUUUGGCUCAAAAGGGUUUGGAUCCAAUUCCGGAUUCGGAGCCGGAGGAUUCGGAUCUGGAGGUAGCGAAAGAAACUGA